AUGAAUUGGGUUUACAAUAAUUUUAACACUGACCUCUCCUUCACUGAAACUUGUGAUUUGAUUUCUCUUAGUCAUCUUAUGGUUGAAAGCAAUAAUACGGCCCCUGCAGAGACAAUCUCACGUGUCAAAAGUAUUAAAAGUCCCUCUAGGUUUUACCCCAUUCACAGCAGGGGGAACAUCAUUGAAGGGUUCUAUAGAAGAAAAGAAAGGGAUCUAAGAGCCCUAUCUAUGACUACUAGGGACACACCACAAAAUUUGAGCAAAAUCGAAAAAAUAGCCCUUGAACAACUGACUAACAAUCAGGACAUUGUCGUGCGUAAUGCAGACAAGGGAGGCUCAGUGGUUGUCUUAAAUAAAAAUGACUACAUACAGGAGGCAUUAAGACAAUUGGAAGACCCCGAGUCAUACACUGUGCUCUCGAGUAAUCCCACGAGAAGGUUCCAAAGGGAACUAAAACACCUGGUGGAUGAUGGAAUGGAACAGGGAUUUUUAGACUCUGAUACAGCCACCUAUAUUUAUAUAGAGUGUCCUGUUACCCCAGUCUUCCAUCACCCACCGAAGGUGCAUAAGUCCCUUCAGAACGUGAAAGGUCACCCCAUAGUCAGUGGAAUAGGGUCUCUUUUUGAGCACCUUUCACAAUGGCUCGACAUGAUAUUGCAAACAUUUGUGGUGGCCCUACCGAGUUUCCUACGAGACACCAAACAUUUGGUGAACUUGGUAGAUAAUUUUGUCUGGAAUAAUGCUCUCCACAGCUGGGUGACUGUUGAUGUUAUGGCCCUCUACACGUCCAUUCCCCAUGAUAAAGUGGAAGAUGUACAAGAUGGAUUACUCUCCCCAUGUGAAAAGAAAUCCUGUGGUCAAGGCAUGCAAUGUGUCGUUAGUUUAGGAGCUGGUCUUCCUGGAUGUGUGUGCCUGGAAAAAUGCAAACCUAGAUAUAUGCCAGUGUGCGGUUCUGAUGGGAAAUUUUAUGAAAAUCACUGUGAGCUCCACCGUGCUUCCUGCAUUCACAGAAAAAAAAUAUACAUUGUUCACAGCAAAGACUGCUUCUUCAAAGGUGAUGCUUGCACUAUGGCUGACUAUAACAGACUCAAGAGCAUUCUCCUUGAUCUUCAAGCUAAUCGAAAGAAACUGCAACGUCGCCCUGCGGAAGACAAAAUAACUCAGAAACGGGCCCUAGUAGAAGAUAUGUUUAACUAUUUGGAUAUAAACAGCAAUGGUCAUCUAGACAGCUUUGAACUAGCUCAGCAUUUCACAAAGGAUGAGGAACUAGAAGACAAUUUCUUGGAUUGUACAGUGGCAGAUUUGUUGCGAUUUGAUGAUUACAACAAUGAUGGCUUCCUAACACUUCCUGAGUUCUACACUGCAUUCCAAGUCGUUGAGCUCACACUUGACCCAGACAAGAUAGUAAGCGUAACAACGGUAACUGUUGGCUUAAGUGCAGUAUUGACUUGUGCAAUAUAUGGAGCCUUACGACCUCCCAUCAUAUGGAAACGGAAUGGAGUCAUACUAAACUUUUUAGAUCUGGAAGAUAUAAAUGAUUUUGGAGAAGACAAUUCAUUAUAUAUAACCAAGGUAACAACAAUUCACAUGGGCAAUUACACAUGCUAUGCUUAUGGCUAUGAAGACCUGUACCAGACACACAUUCUUCAGGUGAAUGUGCCUCCAGUAAUAAGAGUAUAUCCUGAGACACAGGCUCAAGAACCAGGAGUUUCUGCAAGUCUAAAAUGUCAUGCUGAGGGUAUUCCUAAUCCAAAAAUCACAUGGCUUAAAAAUGGUCUUGAUAUAAUACCAAGGUUAUCCACACAAAUAGCAAUCAUAGCCAAUGGAAGUGAACUUCAUAUUUCUAGUGUUCGUUAUGAAGAUACCGGGGCCUACACAUGCAUUGCUAGGAAUGAAGUUGGUGUUGAUGAAGAUAUUUCCUCCUUAUUUAUUGAAGAUUCUGCAAAGAAAACAUUAGCAAAUAUACUGUGGCGAGAAGAAGGCCUGAGUGUGGGGAAUAUGUUUUAUGUUUUUUCUGAUGAUGGAAUCACAAUAAUUCAGCCAAGGGAAUGUGAGAUACGAAGACAAAUAAAGCCCAGUGAGAGGAUUCUUGCAAGUUAUGAAGAAAUGUGUUCAAGAGAUGAUGGUAAAUCAGAUAAAUCAUGCACAUGGUCUUCAGCGAUAAAUGUGAGGGAUAAGUAUAUCUAUGUGUCACAACCUAACCAAAACAGAGUUCUGAUCAUUGAUAUCCAAAUGCAGAAAGUCAAAAAGUCUAUAGAUGUUGAUCCCUUUCCAGUCAAAUUACUGUAUGAUAAAUCCCAUGACCAAAUUUGGAUUCUUAGCUGGGGAGAUAUAAAAAAGUCACACACCACAUUACAGGUUAUAUCUGAAGCAAGCUUAGGAGAAACAGCACGCAUUAUCCGUACAAGCUUUGAGGAUGUGGAUGAUUUUUUUAUUCCUCCAACUAAUCUUAUUAUUAACCAUAUUAGGUUUGGAUUCAUCUUUAAUAAAUCCGAGUCUGCAAUUCACAAAAUUGACCUUGAAACUGUGACGCACCUAAAGACCAUCACCUUCAAAAAUGACAGCUGCAUACCACAGAACAUGGCUUAUUCACACUUGGGUGGCUAUUAUUUUGUAGAGUGCAAACAGAACAAAUCCGUAAUAGUUUUACCUCAGGUUAUAAUUGAUAGUGUUACAGACUCAGUCAUUGGGCCUAAUGGUCAUGUAUCUGGGACACCAUACAUCUCUUCUGAUGGACAAUAUUUGAUCAGCACAGAUAAAACAAAUGGCCGGAUCAAAGUCCAGACAAUUACUUUUCAAGGUGAAAUUAAAUUGAUCUAUGACCUGCAAACAAACUUACACAUAUCUGAUGUGACUUUUCAAUCAUCCUUCACAGAGAGCAAUCAGUAUUAUAUCUAUGCUACAUCCAAUUUACAAACGGAUGUACUUUUUGUAGAAUUGUCAUCAGGACAAAUGGGUAAACUGAAUAAUCUUAAGGACCCUUUAACAAAAAAAGACUGGCCAUGGAAUAAGAAAAACAGAAUAAUUAAAAAUAGUGGAUUAUUUGGACAAUAUAUUUUAACACCAUCAAAGGAUUCCCUGUUUGUGAUCAAUGGGAGGCAAAGCAUACUACACUGUGAGGUCUCAGGAAUCAGAAGAGGAAACACAGUGGUUUGGGUAGGAGACGUAUGAAAAACAAGAUGCAAAGCCUCCAUAAAAUGACUAUUAAUCAUGUUGCCAAUGACAACAGCGACCUUGUAUAUUUUUUCACUGAUGCGAUUUCCUGUAAGAGCUUCAUGGUGCAACACUGGUCUA